UUGACGAUUCGUCAGCUGGCGGUGUAGUCCAGAGCGGCUGCGUUUGCGCCAGACUUUAGUCCGGUCGCUUGCUUGUAGAGGCGACCCCGCCGCGCUGGAAUUUAAAAGCGCUAGCGACGAAUCGCGCAGGCAGCUCCCGACGACUCCACGACGCACAAUGACGAGAAAAACAAAAGAGACUUGUUGUCUUCGACCGACCAGCAGCUAAACCGGCUAACAUUAGCCGACGACACUGAGACGGGACUUAUCCGGAAGGACCCAGUGUGCAGCCUCGUCUACCUAAAGCCGAACUGGGUUGACUGUCGGUUACCCAUGGCUGCUGUGGUUGGUUACACGCCACCGUGGUGGGUCAACCUGCUGCACCGACUUCCACGUUUCAGCUUCAACUUGGAGCAAACGAGCAGCGACUUUCAGCCGUGGAAGUGGACGUAUCAACAGUCCAUCCUGUUAGUUGGAGGUGUGGCGCUUGCCUGUCUGGCUCUGGACCUGCUGUUCCUGCUCUUCUACUCCAUUUGGCUGUGCUGUAGGCGCAAUAAGAACCCGGACCAACCCUCGGCCGACUGCUGCUGCACCGCUUGGUGCGUCAUCAUCGCAACACUCGUGUGCAGCGCCGGCAUUGCUGUGGGUUUCUAUGGGAACGGUGAGACAUGCGACGGAGUGAAUCGGCUGACUUAUUCCCUCCGCCACGCAAAUCGCACAAUCACUGGUGUGCAGAAGCUGGUUUCCGACGGCACAUCCUCACUGAACGGGACAGUACAUGGCAGUCUGAAGGUGCUUGAGGUGCAAUACUCCCAUCACACAGACUCCCAAUCAAUCAUCCGAAAUCUGAAGGACCAGCUGGACAAGCUGGUCGAGCAGAUGGUGAAGAUCCCUUUCUGGGACAACAGUAAGAACCCAGUCUCUCUGGAGGAGCUGGCUGUCAAGAUCGAAGUGUACGACUGGUACAGGUGGCUGGCCUACCUCUGUCUGCUGCUCUUCGAUGUCCUCAUUUGUCUGCUGGUGCUGUUCGGCCUCAUUCGCAACUCCAAGGGGACGCUCAUCGGGGUGUGCUUGUUUGGUGUUGUGGCUCUGGUGGUCAGCUGGGCCUCACUGGGGCUGGAGUUGGCUCUCUCCGUGACCUCCAGCGACUUCUGCGUGGCUCCUGACACAUACAUCACCCAAGCGGUUGCCAGCUAUCGAGUAGUCCAUAAAGAAAUCCUCGAGUACUACCUAAGUUGCGAUUUGGAGCUAACCAACCCCUUCCAGCAGAAGCUUUCUGUGAGCCACAAAGCGCUCGUCGAGUUGCAGGACGACGUGCUGCAGCUUCUGAGCUCCGCCACUGGGGAAUACAAUCUUACUCGGGCAAGUUUGGAGCAGAUCCAGCGGAUACUGAACACGACUGAGAUCAGCCUUCAUCAGCUCACCGCGCUGGUGGACUGCCGCAGCCUACACUUGGACUACGUGCAGGCCUUAACGGGUGUGUGCUACGACGGAUUGGAGGGCCUCAUCUACCUGCUGCUCUUCUCCUUCGUGACGGCCCUCAUGUUCAGCUCCAUCGUUUGCAGCGUGCCUCACACCUGGCGGAAGACCCGGUUGGACGAUGUCAGUGACAGCGACUCACUGGGCCGCGGCGGGAGGCAGAACCAAGACAACCUGUACCGCGUCCACAUGCCCAGCCUGUACAGCUGUGGCAGCAGCUACGGCAGCGAGACGUCCAUCCGCGCCGCCGCGCAUACCGUCAGCAACGCGCCCGUGACAGAGUACAUCAGGGCUCAGAACGCCAACUUGCCGAACUCCCGUAUGGAAAACACACCCUUGAUCGGACGAGAGUCUCCGCCACCCUCUUUGUAUUUGACUCCCGCCCACACUAACAGUGGUCACAGCUGGCAGCUAAAGCCUUCGGACAGCUCCAGAUCGUUUUGGUAACCUCAUCUGCUUUGCUAACAGGUACACAAUAUGGCAACCCCUAACCCUGUCCACAGUGACGAACCCUCCCCCACCUGCCAACUUUCCCCCCGAAACCAAACUCGACUCCACAGUGUCCCACCUGAUGUUUGUUGCCUGUGGCCCAUGACCCCCAGGCUGCAUGUUUCCCCUCCCAAAUGCGAGCAAUGUCCCGGUGGAUUAUCCCUCUUCCCUGCGCUGUAAAUAUAAUCAACAAAUCAACAAUUUCAUACAUUAUCACCAUGAGGCACAUUUUGACAUAUUUGAGGAGAAGUGACAUAGCAAAAGGGCAUUAUCAGUAAAACCCUUUUUUUGUAAGUAACCUGCAUGCAGGUGCAAUGUCAAUGUCUUAGAAUACCACAAAAGUUUUCAUUCACUUCAUUAGUUCAUAAAGUGAAGAUCAUACUACGCUGUCAGUCAUCACGCGUAUGAAUUUCCUUUUUUGAAUUGAGCGACUAUAAAACGCAAAGUACACAAUAUUCCACCUUAGCGAUGCGCCUGUAGGUAAAUUAUUCAAAGCAGGUUUGCAUCCCAAAUGUUGAACGACAAGAUUUAUAUGGAAACAACAACAUGACCUUUGCGAGGAGAUGUAUUAUGCAUUUUUAUUUUGUAGAUGCUGACAUUUCCCAGGUAUCUUAAUAACAUGUCUGUGACUUUUCACCUUGAGUCAAAAUACCCCAAAGAUCACAGCACACACCAUUUGCAGUCUGUUGUUUAGAGCCGGCCACUGGCAAGGCAGCAGUUCAUACAUUAAACGGUGUGUUAAGUGCAGUUGUUUAAUAUCCCACUUGAUGGGCCACGCUAAGAGCAGAAAUGCAAAGCGGGCCAGAAUAUGUCUCCUUAAAAAUCAACAGACUACACACACUUCCUUUUCGUAAAUUGUGCCGCUUCUGUGUUUGGAUCAGUAGUCUCCUGCAGUGUUUCCCAACCUUUAUUGAGUCAGGUAUUCAUUUCGCAUACAUUAGAAAAAUAUAAUCAAUCUCACAAUAUAGCCCCCCACCCCCCAAAAAAAAAUGCUGAAAUAAUGACUCACAACUCUGUGCCUGAUAUACUAGCAGAAAGCCGUGACUUAAGUUUGUGGUAUGAAUAGCAGCAUGUGGACGCCCAAGUUUAUUGUACCUGCUGCUAUAUAAUGAAAGAGCACAAAGGUCUCUCACCUGGUUGGGAAAUACUGGCCUACUGCACCCCCCCCUGGUGUUUUAGCUUGAAAAGUCACCAGUUUGCAGCCAUGAUGGGCGGUGCAUGUGCAACUUCUGUGUCCCCACCGCACCCCGCCAUGAUGAACUUUUCUACUCAUUGUAAAGAGUUUUGAUGCUCGGGAGUGUCUCUCAUUCUCUGAGCAAUUCUAUUUGACUCAUGUUCUGUUGGUCAUGUUUUUCUCCGUCUGCUUCCCAC